UUGAUAAUCCAAGUGCUAGAAUUGCGAAGACGAUGCGAAGUCGUUUCGACCACGGUGAAUCGGGUGAAAAAUCUUCAAAGCUAAAGCCCCGGAGUUACUGGACUGGGGACAAGAAGAGAGCAUAACAGAAAAGCGCGCCAAACAUUGGCACACACCACACACACUGUUGUGAGAACGGGAGGAUGCCGGAGCUUCCGGAAGUCGAAGCUGCUCGAAGAGCUAUAGAGGAGCACUGCUUAGGCAAGAAGAUUGUUAAGUCAAUAAUCGCCGACGACUCCAAGGUCGUCGAUGGGGUAUCUCAUAAGGACUUCGAAGCCUCCCUAAAUGGGAAAACCAUCGUCGCCGCUCAUCGCAAGGGGAAGAACAUGUGGCUCCAACUCAAUUCCCCUCCUUUUCCCUCUUUCCAGUUCGGGAUGACUGGUGCGAUAUAUAUUAAGGGAGUUGCAGUUACUAACUAUAAAAGGUCUUCUGUAAAAGACACUGAUGAGUGGCCUUCGAAGUAUUCCAAGUUCUUUGUUGAGUUAAAUGAUGGUUUGGAGCUCUCAUUCACUGAUAAGAGGCGUUUUGCAAGAGUUCGCUUACUUGACAAUCCUGUUGCAGUACCACCAAUAUCUGAACUUGGUCCAGAUGCAUUGCUGGAGCCUAUGGCUGUAGAUGAGUUCCAUAAGUUGUUGAGUAAAAAGAAUUUAGGCAUCAAGGCUCUUUUACUUGAUCAGGGUUUUAUCUCAGGAAUUGGCAACUGGGUUGCUGAUGAAGUUCUAUAUCAGGCUAAAAUUCAUCCCCUGCAAAGUGCUUCCAGCAUGUCCAUAGAAGUCUGUGGAACAUUGCUCAAUUGUAUUAAUGAGGUUAUACAAUUUGCUGUACAAGUUGAUGCUGACUGCGGUUCUUUCCCUCGUCAAUGGUUGUUUCAUUAUCGGUGGGGGAAAAAGCCUGGAAAAGUGAUUGGAAAGGCUAUUGAAGUCGGGGCAGAUAGUAAUCAGUUUCCCAGUAAUUGGAUAUUCCAUUUCCGGGAAAAGAAGCCUGGCAAGGCUUUUGUUGAUGGGAAGAAAAUUGAGUUUAUCAAUGCUGGUGGCAGGACGACAGCUUACGUGCCAGAACUUCAAAAACUCGGGGGAGCACAAGCUGCAAAAGAAGCAAGUAAACCACAGAAAAGCUCAGCUAAAAACACCAAAAAUUCUAAAAAAGGUGUUGGUAGUGAUGAUAAUGAUGAUGAUGAACCAGAAAGUGAGGAAGAUGCAAAAACUAGAAAAUCCAAAGUGAUAGGAGGGAAAAAGGCUGCUAGAGGUACAAAUGCCCCUGUGAAAGCGAAGCCCAAGAAAAGUCCCAAUGUGGCUGGUGAUGAUUCCAAUGAUGAUAAUGAUGGAGACUAUGGCGAUGAAGAUCCAAAGAAAAAUGGAAAUAAGAAACUUACUGCAAGAAGUAUGCCCAAGGGAAGCUGCAAAGAUGAUAGUGGAAUUGAGUUCAAGAAAGAUACAGGGAAAAAUUCUGCUAGGAAAAGAAAGCCAGUUGAAAGUGAUGAUGACAAAAAUUACGAUGGGAAUCAGAAAAAUGGAAAAGAAGCCAAGGCUCAGAAGGCACCCAAGGAAAAGGUUGAUACCAGUCAGACCAGGAGGUUGACCAGGAAGAAAGUAUAAUAGUUGAUGAUAUGCAUUCGUCACUUGUGAUUUGUCUAUACUCCCUACCCUUAUUCUGAAACAAUAGGGAUCAGGUACCAAGCAUGGUAUUGUUGCUUUUUGUAAGGAAUUUACAGUGCCUCAAACCUGUUGUAAUUCCCUUCAUGCUCAUUUUAGUUUUGAUCUGCCGUAGAAACUUUGAUGAUUAAGUUUCUGUAGGAAGUUGUAGAUGCUCCUUUUGAAUGAUUGGCAAUUUAGCUAAUUCAAUGAAGCCUUAAGUUGGACCUUCCCAACA